AUGCUCGCAAAAUCAGAAACAGAUUCAUCGUCUCUCCACCGUUUCCGCUCAAUUCCUACUCCUUUCUUCGUGCGUACCCGCUAUGCAUUUGAGCCCCCAGCCGCACCCUCAGCUAUCACCCAUGUACUCUCCUUUGGCCCCGGUGAGUUGGCCAUCAUUCACCAUAUCGAGCCUUCUGGCUGGGGCGAAGGCAAUAUCCUGAAGACUGGUCGUCGAGGGUGGAUUCCAUCAAACUAUUGUCUUCUCUAUAGCCCAGAGCCGAUGAGACCGCUUCUACAGACCAUGAUUCCAUUUUCAGAUGAUGCCAAUGCCAUGGAAGCAAAGCUGCGCACUACUAAGCAAGGCAACAGCCAGGUGCUCGAAUACUCCCUUAGAUCGAUGAAUCUCUCGAUAGAUACCGCCGAGAACCUACAGACACUUCGUUUAUCGCUCCUUAAGCGCGUUUCCCUCCUCGACCAAUACAUUAAGAACACAAAGUCGUUCGUGUCUCACCAACCGGAAGAUGGCACCGACCCUGCGAUAACUUCUGCCACAGAGCUUCAGAAAUUGACAUGGGGAAUCAUAGUCUCCGCAGACAAUUUUAUGAAUUUUGUUCUCGGGAUCAAGUCACGCUUGAGCUCUCGCUCCAGUCUCGUCGAAACGGUCGAAAUAGAAGAGUCGAUCGAAUCCACGACAGAUGUUGGCGUUGCGCAAGAGAAAAAGAAUGUUCGAUUUGCGCUCGCAGAUUCAAGCACAAGACAUUCCAUCCAAACAGUCCGAUCAGAAAUCUUUCCGAAAUUACAAAGCAAGGUCGAGACUACUACACAACAAGGAGGGACAGCCGGUAGCUCCGACCCUGAAAGUCUUGCUUUGUCUAGGCCUCAAAGGGGCCACUUUUCGCUAGCAGAACUCGUCAAAUACCUCACCCACAACGAAGACGAGUCCAAGACAGAUCAGUUUGAGUCUACCUUCUUCCUCACCUGGAAGCUGCUUUGCACAGCACCCGAGCUGCUCACUGCUUUGGUGUUCCAAUUCGAUCUGGCUCAGCUCGCCCCCGAGCCAGAACAGAACAAAGUGCGGUUUCGAGUAUGUCAUCUUCUCCGGCGCUGGCUUGACUCGAAUUGGGAUCCAGGCGCAGAUGCACAAGUGUUGGCUUCGUUGGAAGCUUUCCUCAAACAACAAGUCUACCAAUUCUUACCACGAUCUUCGGCAUUGCUGUUCAGCGUUCUGCAGCGUGCCAGGUCAAAAUCAGCCAGCAAGCAGUCUGACGCUCCAUCCACUACCCAAGACGCAGACUGCAGGAAGUGUGAACACAAUCGUGAUGGUGGCUCAUUACAGGGUCCAUCGAGGUUUAGCGUCUCAAAACCAAAUGAGAAUUGGGCUGUUCACCACAUGUCAUAUGUAUACCUUGCUUCCCAGAUCUCUGUGAAGCAGAUGACUCUUUUCUGUUCCAUUCAGUCGAGCGAACUCCUCGGCGGGAAGUGGCUAGGCAAUGGGGCAGCAGAGUCUCCUAAUGUGGUCGCUAUGUGUCAUCUCACGAAUAGCAUCUGCAAUUGGGUCAAGGAGAGCAUCCUGGUAGAAGUUGAUGCCAGAAUCCGUGGACUUGCUGCAGAAAAAUGGAUACUAAUUGCAAAUUAUAUGUUCCAGAUAGGGAACUUUGAUGGUCUAGUUGCUGUCACUUCUGGCCUAGAUGAUAGCUCUAUAAUCAGGCUUCAGGCUUCGUGGCAGCAUGUCUCGCCGCCAGCUAUCGAGAUACUGCAGUCUCUGAAAAGAAUCAUCGACCCUUCGCAGAACCGCAGGACUCUUCGCGCUUUGUUCGCCUCCUCAACUAAGCCUCACCUCCCGUUCCUUGGGGCUUACCUGAGUGAACUGAUCUUUACCGAGGUGCGAUCUGAAGAAGCCAGUCAUAGAAAGACGGGCGGGCCUUCCAGCCCUGACAGCCUACUUAUCAAUUGGAAAAUGUACGCUCGCAUAGCCUCUAUCAUCACCGUGGUCAUGGACAGCCAGGUGCCGUUUCCCAUAGCUCGGGAUGUUGAAAUGCAGAGGUGGAUAGAGUCCAGACUUUCUAACCUAUGGUGUACGGACCAGAAGUGUUUGCAGACGGCGUACUACAACAGAAGCAAGUGCCUGGAACCAGCUGGGAAAGGGGCAAAGCAUCAGCAUAGCUUUCGAUCACUCAUCCAGGCUGCUAAGAGCAAAGGCCAUAAAGCACCAUUGGCAAAAUAG